ACGAGCGCCGCCAGCAUGUCUGACAAACUGCCCUACAAAGUCGCUGACAUGGGACUGGCUGCCUGGGGAUGCAAGGCCCUGGACAUUGCUGAGAACGAGAUGCCGGGCCUGAUGCGUAUGCGGAAGCAGUACUCGGCCUCCAAGCCACUGAAGGGCGCUCGUAUCGCCGGCUGCCUGCACAUGACGAUGGAGACGGCCGUCCUCAUUGAGACUCUCGUUGUCCUGGGUGCUGAGGUGCAGUGGUCCAGCUGCAACAUCUCCACCCAGGACCAUGUGGCAGCUGCCGUUGCCAAGGCUGGCAUUCCAGUAUAUGCCUGGAAGGGCGAAAUGGAGGAGGAGUACCUGUGGUGCAUUGAGCAGAUGCUGUACUUCAAGGACGGGCCCCUCAACAUGAUUCUGGAUGAAGGGGGCGACCUCACCAACCUCAUCCACACCAAGUACCCACAGCUCCUGUCAGGCAUCCGAGGCAUCUCUGAGGAGACAAUGACUGGGGUCCACAACCUCUACAAGAUGAUGGCCAAUGGGAUCCUCAAGGUGCCUGCCAUCAAUGUCAAUGACUCCAUCACCAAGAGCAAGUUUGACAACCUCUAUGGCUGCUGGGAGUCCCUCAUAGAUGGCAUCAAGCGGGCCACAGAUGUGAUGAUUGCCACCAAGGUAGCAGUGGUAGCAGGCUAUGAUGAUGUGGGCAAGGGCUGUGCCCAGGCCCUGCGGGGUUUUGGGGCCCGUGUCAUCAUCACUGAGAUUGACCCCAUCAACGCACUGCAGGCUGCCAUGGAAGGCUAUGAGGUGACCACCAUGGAUGAGGCCUGUCAGGAGGACAACAUCUUUGUCACCACCACAGACUGUGUUGACAUCAUCCUUGGCCGGCACUUUGACCAGAUGAAGGAUGAUGCCAUUGUGUGUAACACUGGACACUUUGACGUGGAGAUCGAUGUCAAGUGGCUCAAUGAGAAUGCUGUGGAGAAGGUGAACAUCAAGCCGCAGGUGGACUGGUACCAGCUGAAGAAUGGGCGCCGCAUCAUCCUGCUGGCUGAGGGUCGGCUGGUCAACCUGGGUUGUGCCAUGGGCCACCCCAGCUUCGUGAUGAGUAACUCCUUCACCAACCAGGUGAUGGCACAGAUCGAGCUGUGGACCCAUCCAGACAAGUACCCCGUUGGCGUUCACUUCCUGCCCAAGAAGCUGGAUGAGGCAGUGGCUGAAGCCCACCUGGGCAAGCUGAAUGUGAAGUUGACCAAGCUGACUGAGAAGCAAGCCCAGUACCUGGGCAUGUCCCGUGAUGGCCCCUUCAAGCCGGAUCACUACCGCUACUGAGAGCCAGGUCUGCGCUUCACCCUCCAGCUGCUGUCCUUGCCCAGGCCCUGCCUCUCCUCCCUAAGAGCUAACGGCACCAACUUUGUAACUGGUUUGUCAGUGUCCCCCAUCGACUCUCUGGGG